AUGUCUUUGAUGGCCAGCGACUUCUGCAGAAGGGCGUACCCCAGCCACACAGCGAGUGUGGUUGAGAUCCGCCCCUUCCCUCAUUCCAUUAAUGGUGGUCUCCAGGUGGGCAAAUCCAUCACCAUCAGUGGAUGGGUCCAACCUGGAGCUGACAGGUUCCAUGUGAAUUUACAGUGCGCCUCUAAUACAAAUGCGGACAUUGCGCUCCAUUUCAACCCGCGAUAUGUUCCUGGCUAUGUUGUUGCCAAUACCUUCCGCAAUGGUCAUUGGGGUACAGAAGAAAGAAAGCAAAACUUUCCUUUACCCACUGGCUCUGCCUUCAACCUGCUCAUCACAGUCACCAGCGAUUCCUACCAGAUGAACAUCAAUGGCACUCAUUCCAUGGAGUAUAAACAUCGUAUUUCAUUUUUCCAAGUGGAUACCAUCGCAAUUGAUGGAAAAGUGGACAUUUCCUCCAUAACCUUCAGUAACCCAAUGUUCGCUGGACAGCCAGCAUUUCCUGCCCAGCCCAGAUUUCCUCCUCAGCCCACUUUUAGGGCAAGAUUUCCACCUUGUCCAGGAUUCCCCCCGCAACCUGGAUUUCCAUCACAACCAGGAUUUGUUCCUGCAUUCUUUAGUGUUCCAUACAAGGCCAUCAUCAGUGGAGGAUUUAAGACAGGACGACUCAUUACUAUCCAAGGAACAGUUCACCCUAACGCCACAAGAUUCAAUGUUAACCUGAACCAUCCCAUUGGCAUUGCUCAACAUUAUAAUCCACGUUUCAAUGAGAACGUUGUGGUUGGAAACACCAAACACGGGGAAAAGUGGGACUCAGAGGAACGUGAUGGUCCAAUGCCCUUUCACAAGGAACAGCCUUUCACGAGGCCGCGCCCGCACUCCAGGUCCGCGAGGAGGAAGUGUGCCAGAUGUUCCGGAGACAAAAAAACAGGAAGGCACCGGGCCCAGACGGCGUGUCACCUUCCUGCUUGAAAUUCUGCGCUGAGCAGCUGGCGGCCACCUUUGCACGGAUCUUCAACCGUUCUCUGGAGCUGUGUGAGGUGCCCUCGUGCUUCAAGAGCGCCACCAUCGUUCCAGUGGCCAAGAAGCCCGCCAGCACAGGUUUGAAUGACUAUAGACCCGUCGCACUGACAUCUGUGGUCAUGAAAUCGUUCGAGAGGUUAGUGCUGAACCACCUGAAGGAGGUCACGGGCCCCCUGCUUGACCUCCUCCAGUUUGCCUACCGGGCAAACAGGUCAGUGGAUGACGCGGUCAACAUGGGACUGCACUACAUCCUGCUCCACCUGGUCACCCCAGGAACGUACGCCAGGAUCCUGUUCGUGGACUUCAGCUCGGCGUUCAACACCAUCGCUCCUGACAUCCUCCAACAGAAGCUCAUCCAGCUUGUGGUGCCUGCCUCCACCUGUCAGUGGAUCACCAGCUUCCUGACCAACAGGAGACAGCGUGUGAGGCUAGGGGGCAUCACAUCUGACACCCGGACCACCAACACUGGAGCCCCUCAGGGGUGCGUCCUCUCCCCACUGCUCUUCUCUCUCUACACCAAUGAUUUCUCCUCAGGUGACUCUCCUGUGAAGCUCCUGAAGUAUGCAGACGACACCACUCCCAUCGGACUGAUUCAGGAUGGUGAUGAGACUGCGUACAGACAGGAGGUGGAGCGGCUGGUCCACUGGUGCAGUCAAAACCAUCUGGAGCUGAACUUGCUCAAGACCGUGGAGAUGACAGUGGAUUUCAGGCGAGACCCUUCACCACUUUUACCCCUCACUAUCCGCAGUAAUACUAUUCUCUCCACAGACACCUUCAAGUUCCUGGGAACCACAAUCUCUCGGGACCUGAAAUGGACCGGCCACAUAGACUCUGUCCGGAAGAAGGCCCAGCAGAGGCUUUACUUCCUGAGACAGCUCAAGAAGUUCAACCUGCCGCGAGAGCCUCUGAAGACCUUCUACACUGCCAUCAUCCAGUCUGUCCUCUGCACCUCCAUCACUGUCUGGUUUGGAUCGGCCUCCAAACAGGACAAGCACAGACUACAACGGACAAUCAGAACUGCAGAAAAGAUCAUUGGAAUCAACCUCCCAUCUAUCCAAGACUUGUACCUGUCCAGGACCAGGAAUCGUGCAAGGAACCCUUCUCACCCAGGUUGUAGUCUGUUUGAACUACUCCCCUCCAGACGGCGUUAUAGAGCUCGGUACGCCAAAACCAGCAGACACAGAGACAGCUUCUUCCCCCAGGCUGUUGCUCUGAUUAACUCACACCACUCACAGAGUCUCAGAGACAUUACUGUGCAAUAACAUCCUGCUCUUCACACCUUUUUGAAUUUGUCUACACUGUUUUUGCCAUUAUUCACAUGUCCUGAAUGUUGUUAGUCACCUAAAUGUUGAACAGAGGGUGUGUUUUUACCAAAGUCAAAAUCCUUGUUUGGCACGCUCAAACAUGGCGAAUAAAAAAACUCUUGAAUCUUGAAUCUAAUUGGAACACACCCUCCGGUCCCCCUUCUUAAAGAGGGGAACCACCACCCCAGUCUGCCAAUCCAGAGGCACUGUCCCCGAUGUCCAUGCGAUGUUGUAGAGACGUGUCAGCCAUGACAGCCCCACAACAUCCAGAGCCCUUAAGAAAUCCGGGCGGAUCUCAUCCACCCCUGGGGCCUUGCCACCGAGGAGUUUUUUAACUACCUCAGUGACUUCGACCACAGAGAUUGGAGAGUCCGCCUCAGAGUCCCCAGGCCCUGCUUCCACAAUGGAAGGCGUGUCGGGGGAAUUGAGGAGGUCUUCGAAGUAGUCUCCCCAUCGACACACGACGUCCCGAGUCGAGGUCAGCAGCACGUCAUCUCCACUGUAAACAGUGUUGACGUUGCACUGCUUCCCCCUCCUGAGACGCCGGAUGGUGGACCAGACUUUUCUCGAAGCCGUCCGGAUGUCAUUCUCCAUGGCCUCACCAAACUCCUCCCACGUCCGGGUUUUUGCCUCAACAACCGCCGAAGCUGCGUUCCGCUUGGCCAUCCGGUACCUGUCAGCUGUCUCCGGAGCCCCGCAGGCCAAAACGGCCCGAUGCUUGACGGCAUCCCUUAAGUCAAGUCAAGUCAAGUCAAGUUUAUUUGUAUAGCCCUAAAUCACAAGCAGUCUCAAAGGGCUUCACAUAGACAAAAUUGACAAUUAUUCUCAAAGCAUCACCUGAUCUUAAGCUCCCAAAAGGGCAAGGAAAAACUCAAAAAAAACCUACCGGGGGAAAAUGAGAAACCUUGAGAAGGAACCCCAGAUGGAAGGAUCCCCCUUUCAGGAUCACCAGGUUGAAAUGGAUGCAGAGAGGGCACAAAUGAUACAAUAUGAAAAUCAAUGAAAUAAAAAGUGGAUGGGCGGCUCGGUGGCGCACUUGGGUAGCACGUCCGCCUCACAGUUAGGAGGGUGCGGGUUCGAUUCCACCUCCGGCCUUCCCUGUGUGGAGUUUGCAUGUUCUCCCCGGGCCCGCGUGGGUUUUCUCCGGGUACUCCGGUUUCCUCCCACAUCCCAAAAACAUGCUUGGUAGGCCGAUUGAACACUCCAAAUUGUCCCUAGGUGUGAGUGCGAGUGCAAAUGGUUGUUUGUCUCUGUGUGCCCUGCGAUUGGCUGGCAACCGGUUCAGGGUGUCCCCCGCCUACUGCCCGAUGACGGCUGGGAUAGGCUCCAGCACGCCCGCGACCCCAGUGGGGACUAAGCGGUACAGGAAAUGGAUGGAUGGAUGGAAAAAGUGGAUGUUCAUGUCAGAGCAAAGGGCUGCCAAAGGAGCCCUCAAUUGUCCUGGCAGUGUCUUCGAGAAGGUUGAGCUGCAGUUCCCCCAUCCUAAAUUGGCCCACGAGAAUCCAGAUAGCCGCUGUCAGCAUGGGUGCCACCUAACCACCUCCCCGGCCGGGGAGGGGGGAGGGAGGGGGUGGAGAGGGAGAGAAAACAAACUCCAGCCGAAUCGGCCACUACAGGUUAGGUAAAGGCCAUGUCAUAGAAAUGUGUCUUUGAACGUGUCUUAAAUGUUUCUACUGAGGUAGCAGUCCUAAUAUCCAUUGGUAGGGCAUUCCAAAGCUCUGGAGCUCGAAUAGAAAAUGCUCUAGAGCCUGCAGACAUUUUCUUGGCCCUCGGUGUCGCUAAAAGGGUAGCGUUUUGCGAACGAACGUUACGAGACGGAACAUAAGAAACAACUAGGUCGACGAGAUAUGAAGGCGCUAAGCCAUGCAGUGAUUUAUAGGUUAAUAGAAGAAGCUUGAAGUCACAUCUUAAAUGGACCGGGAGCCAAUGUAAGUUGGCUAGUAUUGGGGUAAUGUGAUAAAAUAUUCUUGACCGAGAGAGCAGCCUUGCAGCAGCAUUUUGUACUAACUGUAAACUUUUGAUGCGGGACUUGGGAAGACCCGAAAAUAAUACAUUACAGUAGUCUAAGCGCGACGUGACGAACGCAUGUAUAAUAGUUUCCGCAUCACCGGUCGAGAGGAUCGGACGAAUCUUUGCAAUAUUACGAAGAUGAAAAAACGCAAUUCUGGUUAUAUUCUUAAUGUGCUUUUGAAAGGAGAGAGUUUGGUCAAAUAUUACCCCGAGAUUAGUUACAGUAUCGCUCUGAGUGAUAGUCUGGUUAUCUAUAGUUAUAGCGGUUUCCUUGAAUAAGUUUUUGAUAACGAGUUGGACCAAUUAUCAACAUCUCAGUUUUAUCUGGGUUAAGACGAAGGAAGUUAAGAGACAUCCAUUGCUUGAUCUCCGCAAGGCACGCCUCAAGAUUACAACAAUCCCGCGGAUCUGUCAUCGAUAACAGCAUAUAUAAUUGGGUGUCAUCCGCAUAGCAUUGAAAACUAAUAUUAUAUUUACGUAUUAUGUCCCCAAGCGGAAUCAUAUAAAUAUCAAAAAGAAUUGGUCCGAGAACCGAUCCCUGUGGGACACCACACGUAACAUUAUAGAGCUCCGAGGACGCAUUGCCAUGGACCACUCGGUGCGUCCUGUUUGAUAGAUAGGAAUGGAACCAGCCUAGUGCUGAGCCUGAAAUACCAACACAACUUUUAAGACGCCCUAAUAAAAUAUCGAAGUCUACAGUGUCGAAGGCAGCACUAAGAUCGAGUAGUAACAGUACAGACGAAGUGUUUGAAUCCAUAGCUAUGAGGAGAUUGUUAGUCACUUUAGCAAGUGCUGUCUCAGUGGAAUGAUUAGCUCUAAAACCAGACUGAAAAGUGUCAUAUUGAUUAUUGGCGACCAUGUAAUCAAUAAGCUGCUGGGCUACUACUUUUUCAAGAAGUUUUCCUAUGAAUGGGAGGUUUGAAACUGGCCUAUAAUUACUGAGACAGUCCGGGUCAAGAUUUGGUCGCUUAAGUAACGGUUUAAUGAUAGCGGUUUUAAAGGCUGUUGACACUAUCCCAGAGGAGACAGACAGAUUGAUUAUAUUUAAGACGGACGGUCCUAAAAUUUGAAAUAAUUCUUUAAGUAGUUCGGCUGGAAGAGGGUCGAGUAAACAUGUUUCGUUUUUCCUUUCGUUUAUUUAUUUCAAACGUGAAAAAAAGAAUAAGCUUGUUGUACACAAUAAAAAGACAUGACAAAAUACAUGCAUAUACAUAUAUACACAUACAUUCAUACAUAUACAUAUAUAUAUAUACAUAUAAAAAUAUACAUAUACAUAUACACAUACACAUGCACAUAUCCAUACACAGAAACUACAAGCGUAGCAAUAAAGAUAUAGCCGCAAAAGAACCAUAAAUCACAUUCACAUGUCUGAAAAGGAGUAGGAAGAAGUAUAAUUUAUUUAAUCCCACCCCCUAUUUAAUAAUCCCUAAAUACCCAGCCAUAAAUCAUUUUGCCUCAGUUAUCCCAACAAAGUACUAAAUUACCGUUUUUUUCCGUGUAUAGUGCGCCCCCAUGUAUAGUACGCACCCCUAAAAAUGGCAUGCUGAUGCUGGAAAAAAGCUUGUACCCAUGUAUAAUACGCACCCAAUUUUUAUGAUUUUUUUAAAAAAAAUUUUUUAAUUAUUAUUUUUUUUUUUUUUUUUAAGUCCCAAUGAUCGUCACACACGCA